GUAAUCGAUGACGUUACCAAGACUAGCCAAUGGCAGAGCGCGCUGUUCCUGUACACGGAACUGAUUGCGGUUUUGCCUGGCAGGUACACAAGCAGCCCAUGGCAGAUCAGAAUGGUCAAAUUGAUGCCGGCCCUUCACUGGAGCAGGUGGCAGGAGUGGGCUUCCCUGCUCCUCCUCCACCCAUCUACUCCUGCACUCUGACCCCAGAGCUGGUGGCCAAGGCUCGAGAGGAGCUGCAGGAGAAGCCGGAGUGGAGGCUCCGAGAUGUGCAAGCGCUGCGAGACAUGAUUCUGAAAGAGCAGCCCAAUCUGAGGACACGGCUGGACGAUGCCUUUCUCCUGCGCUUCCUCAGAGCCAGGAAGUUCGAUUAUGACCGAGCCCUGCAGCUACUCCUGAACUACCAUGGCAGCAGGAGAGCCUGGCCUGAGGUGUUCCAGGACCUGAAGCCCUCUUCGGUGAAGCAUGUGCUGGAUCUGGGCUUCCUCACCGUCCUGCCCAGACCAGAUCCUCAAGGCCGCUACAUCCUGUGCUUACGGCCAGGGAAGUGGAAACCAAAUGACUACCCAUUUGUGGACAACAUACGAGCCAUUUAUUUGACGCUAGAGAAGCUGAUUCAACCUGAGGAGACCCAAGUGAAUGGAAUCGUCAUUCUGGUGGAUUACACUGGAGUUGGCUUAUCUCAAGCAUCCAACCCAGGCCCGCUUCUGGCAAAGAAAGUUGUUAGCAUUCUUCAAGAUGGAUUUCCAAUCAGAAUAAAGGCUGUAAACAUCAUCAACGAGCCGCGCAUCUUCAAGGGCAUAUUUGCAAUAAUUAAGCCUUUUUUGAAAGAGAAGAUGGCUGAAAGGUACGUGUUACAUGGCUCAGAUCUUUCGUCCCUGCACCGGGUCAUUCCUCGCUCUGUCCUUCCUGAGGAGUACGGCGGGGUGGCCGGGCGGCUGGACAUGUCAGCCUGGGCGCGAACCCUGCUGGAGGCUGAGGAGGAAUUUGUGGUGGAGUUCUGCCAGCCGGACCCUCUGGAGGGUGUAGUUCUGCCUGACUCCAUGCUUUACGAAGGCGAGCAGGCUGAGGACUCUUACAGAAGCCUGCGUUCACAGCUCUACUACUGCUACUGACCUCCGAUCAGUCAGCCCGCCUCUGUUUCUUUUGAAACGCAUUUUUGUUGUGACCAUUAGGGUCAGUUUUAUUUUUCUGAAAUUUGUCAUGUGUCUAGAGGUGAUGGCUUUGGACUGGCCCUAUCAAAUUAAGGAGUACUAAGCUCGAAAAGUGAAUGUUCAUAAAGCAUUAAUGAAUUACUGUCUGUCUGAAUGUCGUGAGAGAAUCUGAUUUUAUUCCGUUCAAAAAAAUAUCACCCAUGCCUAUUGUUGUCCUUUGGUACAAGUUAUAGUUACCAUUUAAUUGUGCAAACAUUGCUCACACAAACCAUUCAUAUGGCUUGUUUUAACACUAAUCCAGUGUUACAUUUCAGCAAAGUAUUGCCUUAAUCUACAAAGAAGGGAAGAGUUGUGUAGGCUUGUAAUAUCAGGCCACACAGUGACUGUACGGUCACAGUCUGGUAAAGUUUGUGUCCCAAUAACGUUAAACCCCAAAGCAAUACUGAUGUGCAUUCAUUUUGUUGCCUCAUUUUUUUUGUGUGUGUGCUUCUUAUAGCACUGUAUAUCCAAUUUAUAGAAGCUACAACGUUUACUUUUUAGGAUGAAAAGCUCUGUAACACUUGUUUAUUAUAUUUUCACUUUUCAUUUUUCAUUUAUGCCUUGUUCAAACUCACUGUAUUAUAUUCAUGUAGCUGUUAGUGAGUUUCAUGUUCACAAGGACCUACAAAGAAACGGUAAACAUUAGAAUAGUUUAGCUGAAUAUCUUUAAUAAGCCAAAAUAUGCAUAUACCAUCCUAACAUUUAUGUGGCCAAUAUAAAGUUCACAUUUCAUUUUUACCAUGCGGUUCUUUGCCAAAUCUGACAGCAUUAAAAGUAAGCACUUAUGUAUAAAUCAGUGUGUAGGAAAACUGCUCUUAUAUAUUUCUUCUGAGUAUUUGGUGAUAUGGUUAUAUUUAUUGUGUUUUGAGGUACUUUUUUAUUUUUAUUAUUAUUUUAUUUUUUCCAAAUUUCACAUUCAUCCCAGAUGUAGUAAGCUUCCUUAUAUCUUUGGUAAGCUACCACAAUAUGUUCAUAUAGUUCAUUCUGAGUAGUCAAUGAUAUAAAUAAACAGUGACAUAAUUUGCAAUAUUAA